CCCAUUAAACCCAUUUCAUAUUCUUCCUUAUCUUACUCCCUCAAUCAAAAAAAUAAAAAAUAAAAAAAAAAAUUAAAAUUGCCUCGGUUUCUGUGUCAAAAACCCAAAAAACAGAGCUUUUUUCCUGGGUUUUCUGCCAUUAAAAAGAAGAACACAAGAUAAAAAAGGUGGGAUUUUUAUAGAGAGAAAACAAUGGUGCAUCAUCAAAGAUACUAUUACCAACAUCAAAUGAAGAAAGGAGGAGAUGGAUUAUUAGUCAAAAACUUUAUAUUAGAUGAAGAAUCACAAAUUGGGAUUAUUACUACUAUUAAUGGAAACUAUUUUAAGAGAGCUAUUAGACCUAAGCUUCUUUCUUUCCUCUUUCUAUCUCUUCUCUCUUGCAGUCUCAUCUGGACUCCUCAGCUCUUUGGCUUUCCUUCCACUUUCUCUCUCCUCUAUUCAUUAGGAGCAGAGGAUGAGCAUAUGGGUUCUGACAUGGCUUCUAAGCUUCCUCUUUGUUCUUCCGUCUCUAAUGGAACAAUUUGUUGUGACAGAAGUGGAAUCAGGACUGAUGUCUGUUAUAUGAAGGGUGACAUUAGGACACAUUCACCUUCAUCUUCAGUCUUCCUUUAUACUCGAAACGAUCCAAGAGGUUCGUCUCAUUUAUUGGAAGAUGGAGAUGAAAUUGUCGAAGAAUUUGAGUACCAACGCGAAAAGAUUAGGCCUUACACCCGAAAAUGGGAGACUAGUGUAAUGAGUACCAUUGAUGAACUUUCCCUUGUGUCGAAACACGAAAACAGCAUUUCCAAGCGUAAGUGUGAUGUUGUCCAUGAUGUUCCAGCCGUGUUCUUCUCAACAGGAGGAUAUACCGGGAAUGUCUACCACGAGUUCAACGACGGUAUAAUCCCAUUAUACAUCACCUCUCAGCAGUUUAACAAGAAAGUUGUGUUUGUCAUCCUUGAGUAUCAUAAUUGGUGGAUAACUAAGUAUGGUGACAUUCUUUCCCACUUGACUGAUUACCCAACAAUCAAUUAUAGCGCGGAUAAUCGUACACAUUGCUUCCCGGAAGCCAUUGUGGGUUUGAACAUACAUGAUGAGCUAACUAUUGAUCAGUCCCUCAUGAAAAGGAACAAGUCAAUUAGGGAUUUCAGGGACAUCUUAGACCGAGCUUAUUGGCCUCGGAUUAAAGGGUUGAUCCAAGACGAGGAAAGAGAGAAGCAACUCUCACAAUCGCCUACCUCUACCUCAUUGCUUGAGCUUGAUUAUCAACCUAAGAAACCAAAGUUGGUCAUCCUUUCAAGAAGUGGUUCGAGGGCAAUACUCAAUGAGGACUCAUUGGUGAAACUAGCAGAAAAGAUUGGUUUUCGAGUGGAGGUUUUAAGGCCUGAAAAGACUACUGAGUUAGCUAAGAUCUAUAGGGUACUGAACUCGAGUGAUGUGAUGAUUGGAGUUCAUGGUGCUGCCAUGACACACUUUCUCUUCGUUAAGCCUGGUCGUGUUUUCAUCCAAGUUGUUCCCCUAGGAACCGAUUGGGCAGCUCAGACUUACUACGGUGAUCCAUCAAUGAAGCUCGGUUUGAAGUAUAUUGGAUACAAAAUUCUUCCUAGAGAGAGCUCACUGUAUGAUGAUUAUGAUAGAAGUGAUCCUGUUUUAACAGACCCUGACAGUGUUAACGCGAAAGGAUGGGAGUUCACUAAGAGGAUCUAUUUGGAUAAACAGAAUGUCAAAUUAGAUCUUAAGAGAUUCAAGAAGCGGCUUGUUCAUGCUUAUGAUUACUUAGCUCUUAGACGAAAUCAAGUCUCUUAAGUCGAUUUUGACCUGCUGAUCUCUGCUGCUUACCUGUUCUUUUGUUCUUUUAUUCCUUUGUUUUGAUAAUGGCUUAUGGUGGUUGCUCUGCUGCAGGGGUUAGCCAGCCUCGCGCCUGCCUGUCCACCACACGGCGAGUGGAUGGUUGGUUACCCCUGCGGCUGCAGCCAACAUACUUCAUUACAAAACUACAAUGUAUAUCAAUAUAAACUAGAUGGUUUAGGAGGAAUUAUAUUUUUUUAUUUUUGUAGAGACUGUAAUUGUCAUGUAAAUGAAAUAGUAAGCAAAGAAUAAGAUUGGUUUGGCAAAAUGAAACAUAUUUUGGUGCCCCCAUUUCCUGUUGUAAUGAGAAAAGAAUCUUAGCUUUCCA